AUGGUUGGAUUUUUUAAGAAAAGAUUAAGUACUGCCAGUAAUAAUGGUAGUCCCAAUCAACAACAGCAACAAAAUACAACAUCAACAAGUCCAUUAAAUACAAGUGGUAAUAAUCAUAUACAAAAUAGAGAUCGUCGAGAUAGUUUAUCUCCAACUCCUAAAGGUGGGGGAGGAGAGAUCAACGACUAUAUUUUACAGGGAUCAGAAGAUUAUAUUGAUCCAGUUCAUAUUGACCUAUUGCGUAAAGGAUCUAUUGUACCACUCCCAAUUGGAUUACUUCAUGACCUCAAUGCAGCCUUUCCAACACCUCCAGGUGGUUCAAUCGACAGCAGUAGUAGCACAACAAAUAGUGGUGGAAAAUCAAGUAAUAGUGGAAAUAGUAAUAGUGGAGGUGGUGCAAGACACUACUACCCAUCACCAGCCAACAUCAUCUAUCAACAACAACAACAGAAUGACAACUCAUUCAAUAGUAAUAGCAGAGAUUCUAGUAGUUUUAAAUCAGAUCAUAGUCAGUCAGAUUCAAGAAAAUCAAGUGGUCCUAAAAAGGCCGGCAACAACAGUAGCAGUGGACACGCUAAAAAGGAGAGUGUUGUAUACACUGACAAGGAAGUAUUCCCAUUUGGUGUACGUAGAGAUGUUAAAGGAAUCAUGUCAAUGGGUGAAGGAAAGGAGGAUGUCAUUAGACGUGCACGUACCUAUAUUGGACAACAAGGUGAACUCCAUUUUACAAAUGAAGAUUUAGCUCAGUAUAUGGAUCCACCACAUACUGAUCAACAACCACAAAUACCAUUAAAUCAUUCCCAACAACAACAACAACCAAAAUUACAACUUAGGGAAGCUAGAAUACUUGCAAUGGCAAUACAUGGGUUUGAUUCAUCCGAUGAUGAAGAGAUUGUUGAUUUGGAUGAGAGCCAAUAUGGUGGUGGCGGUGGUGGAGGUGGUGCACAUCAACCUGCAUCAUUAUCCAACUGGGUACCAAAAUCACCAGAACAAAAGUCAACCAAGGUAUUCAUCGGAGGUGACAAUGACAUCUUUUACAACACUAUCCUCCGUAAACGCAAUCAAGAGCAAGACCACAGACAGAAAAAUCAUUGGAGUCUCAGUCUUCAAGUGGAGGAUGGAUUCCCAGAUGACGACUUUGACGAUGACCAAGCUGAUGACGAGGAAGAAGUGGAAGUAGAAGAAGAAGAAGAAGAAGUAGUAGAAGUCAAACAAGAUGAAAAGGAAGUUGAAGACGACGAAGAAGAGUUGGAGGAAUUAUUUAAUAGUCGAAGAAGUAGUGCUCUCUUGACUGACAGAUUUAUCAAUGACUUGGACAAUGAUAUUUUAGAUGUUGAUCUAAAAACAGAAGAUAUAUCAAGAAUUGAUACAAUUCAUUUAAAUGGUUCAAACAACAAAUAUAAAAAUAACAAAUAUAAUAAUAAUAAUAACGCAAAUCAACAACAACAACAAGAACAACAAAAAAUAGAACAAAAUGAAGAAACAGAAGAAGAAGAUGAUGAUUUGGAUACAAAUGAAAGUUUCUCUGAUAUUAUGAAUGAUUAUCAAUUCUUUUCAAAUGGUACUCAAAAAGGUAAAAUUAAAUUGACAAAGAAGAGUAGUACUACGUCACCACCAGUCAUCAAUAGUCCCCAAAACCAACAUGAUAGUGACGAUACGUCUUCUUAUGACUCUGAUUCAAAUCUGACAGAUGAUGAAGAUGAAAAAUUAAUGUCGAUUCGUGGAGGAUCACAAUACAACAUUAAUGUCAAGUUACAAGAUAACGAUGAUGAUGAUGAAGAUGAAGAUAAUAAUGGAAAUCAAGGAGUGGAUGAAGAAGAAGAACCAGAACAUAGUUAUGAUCUAAAUGAUUUUGUCACUCUUACUCCAAGAGAACGUAAACCAUCCAUCAUUACAUACUUUCAACAAUUUACUCCUCCUCCACUUCCAAAAUCAUAUCAAAAUAAUAAUAAUCAAAUUAAUAAUCAAAAUAAUAAUAAUAACAGUAUAGUUCCACCACAAAUACCAACACCAAUAACUACCAAUACUAGUUCAUCAACUAUACGUCCAACUAUAUCAACUCCAACCUCUUUAUCUGUAAAUAUUUCUUCACAAUCAGUUGUCACCAUACCAUCUCCAACUAAUAUUUCUGUACAACAACAACAACAACAACAACAACAACAACAACAACAACAACAACAACAACAACAACAACAACAACAACAACAACAACAACAGCCAACACCAAUAUCCAUCCCCAAGCCAAUAUCAAUAUCAUCACCACCUAAACCAACAACCAUUACUACUACUACUACUACCACCACGCCAGUUGUUUCUAUAGCCAAAGUAACAUCUCCACUAAAGCUUUCACAAAUUGUCCAACAACAACAACAACAAGAUGACAAACAACUCCGAUCACUUAUAUCUUCACCAUACUCUAUUACACCCAUUUCAACGCCACAAUUAUCAUCAAGUAAUAAUAAUAUUAUAUUCAAUGAAGUGGAGGAAGAAGAAGAGAAUAGUCAUAACAACAUACUCAAACAAACAGUUGAAAUCUUAAACACCAUACCUAAUUUUGAUUUUAUGAAUGAAAUGGAUUUCAACGUUCAAAUUCCAAAAGAACAAGAAAAGAAAAAGGAGGUAGUUGAAAAGAAGAAAGAAGAAGAAGAAUUAAUCAUCAUCAAUGAUAAUUUUGGUAGUCAAAAGAACAAGACAGAGUUUUCAUUUGAAUUAUUGUCAUUGGAAAUGGGAACUGGAAAUGGAAAGAAUAACACUUCUGCUUCAUUGGAUGCAGGUGAUAAUUCAUUGUUGGAAUCUUUGACAAUGUUGAUUGAUGCACCACUUGCAAACUCUGGUCAAUUUGUUAAACAACAACAACAACAACAACAACAACAGUCACCACCCAAACCAUAUUCUUUGACGAGUACCGUGGGGUCACCAGUGAGUACCAGUACUGGAAACAUGAUGAACCAUCGAAAGUCUGUGGUACCUAGACUACAAACAGAUACUGCUGCAACCAAAUCAAAAGAAGAUAUCAAGAGUUCCAUUGACAAUAUAUUUGAUAGUAUUUUGAAUCCACCGGUCAAGGACAGUCGUCGAUUCACCAUUGCCACGACAUCCAACGACUUGCACAGGGGUAUCGAGUUGGAAAAGCACAAGUAUUACCAACACGAUCCGUUACAAAGGCAUCGCCCAACACCACAAGAGGAUCUAAAAAAGAGUCAAGACGAUAAGAUGAAAAUGCAAAAGGAACUGGAGAAGCAAAAAGAGAUGAGAUUGUCAUCGCCAAGAAGAGAGAUUGAACGUACUCCUCCUUCUCAUUUGGCACAAUCACCAAUUAAAUCACCCAAUUCAAAUUCAUGGGGUAUCGUAUCACCUCCACCUCCAGUUUCAAUUUCAUCUUCUCCCAACUAUCAUCAAGUAAAUAAUCAAAAUAAUCAAAUUAAUAAUAUAAUAACUUUAAACAAGGUACAAAUUCAACAAGAUGAUCAAUCCAUUUCAAAUAUAUUUAAUAAUAUUAUUCAUCAUUCUACUUCCUCUCCUUCUCCUUCUCCUUCUAGUUUAUCAACUAAACCACCAAUUUAUAAUCAUCAACAGUUCCAAAAUAAGAAAAAGAUAGAAGAGAUAUUAGUCAAAGAAGUAAAAGAUGGAGCAGAUAUAAUUGAAAAGCCAUUUGAUCAAGAUGAUGAUAGCAAUAGUAACAGCAGUGAUUCAUCGUCAUCGUCAUUGAGUAAUGAUGAUGAAGUUGAAUUUUACAAGUCACCAUCACAGAGACCAUCAUCGCCAAUUCGAAUUCCAAACUUUAAAGAUGAAAUUGAUGAUACUAUCAUUGGUGUAUCUCCCUACUCUAUCACUUCAUCUUCACAAUCUUCAUCACAACAAUAUAUAGAUGGUGAGAAUUCAGAUUCAGAGUCAUCAGAGUAUGGUCCCAAUACAAACAAAAUCUAUCAACAACAACCUUUUAAAAAAUCACCUUCCAACAAAACUAAAACUAAUAAUAAUAAUACUAAUAAUAAGAUUAAUACUUCAAUGUUUCCAAUCGUUUAUUUUGAUUAUAAAUAA